CAGUUAUGGUUAGCCGGUUCGCAACAAGUAGCUUAUAGCUUUUUUAUUUUAUUAAACGCGUUACAUUACGAGAGUACGACGUUGUCCGAUCAUCUGAGCACUUGUACCAGGUUUCGGAAUUCAUCGUAGAUCGCUUUACGGUACGCACGUUAUCAGCAAAAGAAUGGUUUCCUCACUGAAUGCGGAAGAGCGUAAAAAGCUGCUAGAGCCACUGUUCGCCCAUGGUUGGAGCAUGGUGGAGGGACGCGAUGCAAUCCAGAAAAAGUUUGUCUUUGAAAACUUUGUUCGGGCUUUUGCAUUCAUGACCGGGGUGGCAUUAAAGGCAGAGAAAAUGGAUCAUCACCCGGAAUGGUUUAAUGUUUACAACAAGGUAGACGUGACGCUGGCGACUCACGAUUGUAACGGAUUGAGCACGCGGGAUGUAGAGUUGGCUACGUUCAUGGACAAGCUGGUCUAAUUCCACUACGAGCAUUCGAUUCCCCUAAACAAGGUUUGAACAUCAUGUUACGUUACAUCAAAUAAAUAUUUGCGCCGAGGGCCAGUGAAUAUUUCAUAAGGAUUUCUCGUGUCCACAUACGCGAGAUUUAAUUCCUGGGAAAAUGCCGCCGUCUUAAUCAGCUGUCGGCAGACUUUCGGGGCCAAUGUUCAAAAGAUAAAUGAGCAUUUC